CUCAAGAUACCGCAACCACCAAAGCCGUCAACAUGUUAUGAACCUUAUGAAGGCUAUCACAGCUUUUUGACGUUAUCUGCCGCAACUACGAUGUCGUCCUCACAGCCUUUUCAGGCGUCUUCGCCCGUUUCCCCGAAUACGACUCGGCGGAAGAAAUCGAGGUUUACCUACAAACAAUUUGCGCAGCUGGCAUUAUCGUCUACGAGCUCGCCAUUGAGGGUCAUUGCGCAUGUGGAUUUGGAUGCUUUUUAUGCGCAAUGCGAGGUUCGUCUUGUUCUUAUACU